GUGAGUUGUCUCUACGGAAGCGGGCACGGUUUAUUUCGGUCUAUUAGCCUCUUCCAUGGCCUGUCUUCGUGGCCUGGUAGUGCUGCUGCUGCUGCUGCUGCCCUUGGCAGUUUAUUCGAUCACACAGCCGCAGGACUCCGAGCUCACCUUCCUUCUACCGGCGGGGAGACAAGAAUGCUUCUACCAGGGAGCCCUGUUCAAUGGUAGCAUGGAGGUGGAGUACCAGGUAAUAGGCGGGGCUGGACUCGACGUGGAUUUUACCGUCACGUCUCCUUCGGGGGUCUUGCUCAUCAUGGAGAGGCGACGGUCUGACGGGGUCCACACCUUGGAGCCCACCGAAGCCGGCGACUACAUGAUCUGCUUCGAUAACUCGUUCAGCACCAUCUCCGAGAAGCUCGUCUUCUUCGAGAUAAUAUUCGACGGGCAGCAGGGCGACGAGGAGCCCGAUAACUGGGCAGACAUGGUGGAGCCCGACGAGCUCCUGGACGUCAAGAUAGAAGACAUCAAGGAGUCCAUCGAGAACAUGAAGUCCAGGCUGGAGCGGAGCAUGCAGAUGCAGACCGUGCUCCGUGCCUUCGAGGCGCGGGACCGGAACCUGCAGGAGAGCAACCUGCAGCGCGUGAACUUCUGGUCGGCCGUCAACGUGGGAGUCCUGGUGACGGUGGCCUUCGUCCAGGUCUACAUGCUGAAGAGCCUGUUUGACGACAAGCGCAAGGUUAGGACGUAAUCCCGG